AAAUUGACACAUUUCUUGAUAAUUGCAACCAAAUUAAGGACACGCAUUACCAAUGACCCGGAUGAACCGUGAGCUUACCGUCAGUGAGAGUACGUGCCGCCAGGAGCGCUACAGUCAGGGGGAGGUCGGGAGCAGCCGAGUGUAGCCGAAACCGAUCGGGUCAGUUCGACCGGGACAGCCGCAACGGUAACGUCGUCAACAGUGACAACUGUCGUGUCGAUACUUGUGUUGUGAUAGUGACAAAUUCAUAUCAUAGUGCUGCAUAGCUACUGGAGGAUUAUACUGUGUUCCACGACCACUGGAGACUACUCAUUGGCUCUGCUAAAUAACAGAUGGGUCCGUGGACGCGGAGGUAGCCCGGGAUGGGCUACAGUGUCAUGUUCUCCCGACUCCAGAUGUCGCUGCUGCGGCGUCGCUCUCUCCUAGUCAAACUCGUGUUCCUCCUCGCCACAGCGUGGCUCACAGUCGCGUUCCUGCUGUUCACGGAACAACGGGGGUCUUCGCCCUUCCCGCCCGGAGAGGGCAGAGAAGACGUGUUCCCGGUGGGCGGGGGUGUGCGGAGAGGCGUUCUCGGAGUGCCACAACCCCAAGCGAGGGUCGGACAGCCGCCGACAGCCUUCAGGAGUAAGACGGCGUCCGGGAAGAACGCGAUACCCGCGGGUCCGGACGGUGGGGAGGGCGGAGUCCUAGUGCCGCCGAGGGAACACCUGGGGGAUGGACCGCUGUACGGGGAGUUGGGGAAGCCGGUUGUGUUGCCGGCCAACAUGACCGCGGACGUGAAGAAGCUGGUGGACGAAGGAUGGCAGAAGAACGCCUUCAACCAGUAUGUCAGUGAUCUUAUCUCGCUACACAGGAAACUUCCAGACCCCAGGGAUGAGUGGUGCAAAAAGCCCGGGAGAUACCCCGACGAUCUUCCCGCCACUUCCGUCAUCAUCUGCUUCCACAACGAGGCGUGGUCCGUCCUCCUCAGGACCGUCCACUCGGUGAUAGAUAGGUCUCCCCCCAGACUACUGCACGAGAUCAUACUGGUGGACGACUUCUCUGAUAUGCCCCAUCUGAAGAGGCAGCUGGAGGAGUACAUGGCCAUGUAUCCCAAGGUGAAGAUAGUGAGAGCCGCCAAGCGUGAGGGCCUGAUAAGAGCGAGGCUGAUAGGAGCUAAACACGCUACAGCGCCUGUACUGACGUAUCUGGACUCGCACUGCGAAUGUGCCGAGGGGUGGCUGGAGCCGCUUCUGUCCAGGAUAGCGCAGGACCCGACCACGGUGGUGUGUCCUGUGAUUGACGUCAUCGACGACACGACAUUGGAGUACCACUGGCGGGACUCGGGUGGAGUCAAUGUUGGGGGCUUCGACUGGAACCUACAGUUCAACUGGCACGCGGUGCCGGAGAGAGAGCGAAAGCGCCACAAGGACCCCGCAGAGCCUGUCCACAGCCCCACCAUGGCGGGGGGCCUCUUCAGCAUAGACAAGGAGUUCUUCGAGAGGCUCGGCACCUACGACAGCGGCUUCGACAUCUGGGGUGGCGAGAAUCUCGAACUAUCUUUCAAGACCUGGAUGUGUGGAGGAACCCUAGAGAUAGUCCCGUGUUCCCACGUCGGUCACAUCUUCCGCAAGCGAUCGCCGUACAAGUGGAGGACGGGCGUCAACGUGCUCAAGAGAAACUCCAUCCGAUUGGCCGAGGUGUGGAUGGAUGAAUACGCCAAAUACUACUAUCAGAGGGUUGGAAAUGACCUGGGAGACUUUGGUGACGUGAGUGCUCGCAAAGAGCUAAGACGAAAACUAGGCUGCAAGUCCUUCAGGUGGUACCUGGAUACUGUGUAUCCGGAACUGUUUAUCCCUGGGGAGGCUGUGGCAUCCGGAGAGGUUCGCAAUUUAGGUUACGGAGGGAAAACAUGUCUGGAUUCUCCGGCUCGCAAGUCAGAUCUGCACAAGGCCGUGGGACUCUACCCUUGUCAUAAAAUGGGCGGAAAUCAGUACUGGAUGCUGAGCAAAGCUGGCGAGAUCCGACGUGAUGAAGCGUGUUUGGACUACGCAGGCCAGGACGUGAUACUCUACCCAUGUCACGGAUCCAAGGGAAAUCAGUUUUGGCAGUACAAACCUGAGACGAAGCUGAUCCAGCACGGCAGCAGCAAAAAGUGUCUAGCGAUCACAGACAACAAACAGAAGUUGUUAAUGGAAGAGUGCAAUCCGUCGUCUGCUCAACAGCAUUGGCACUUCGACAACUACGACCCCACCAAGCUCUAAUGCAACCAGGACAAAUAAACGAACAAAAGCUUCCUAAAAUAUCGAAAGUUUUAAAAACGUUUUUACUGAAAUGUUUGUCGAACAACAGUCCAUUGUGCUUACUUUUUAUGUAGAAGUAUUUAUACAUGUUUUAAACAUUUUGUUAAUAAAUGUUAUUGUUUGUAAAAAUUGUUUGAGAUUUUCUGUUUCGGAAAGAAAUCAAACAUCCUGUCAGUUAACAGUGAUGUUGUUAUAAUAAAAUUGUUUGCCGCAAAGUCGUUUGAUUAGAAAAUUUGUUGAUAAAGUUUGAGUUGUUUAAAUUCCAUCUCAUACAUUCCCACUGAAAGGACUCUGACGUGUUAGUGCCAUCGUGUUCAGUGACUCGGACUAAAUGUAUAUUGUUAUUGUUUUUUUAGUAAAUUUUAAGACUGUAUAUAAAUGUAAUGACAAAUUUUAAGCUAAGUAGUGUAAAUAUAGUUACUGUUAUUAAAUAUGUGGAUUAAUUUCAGUCGCUUUCAUUUGUUAGGAUUUAAAGUCUUUCAAUCCUUUGGGAAUUUUAUUGGCAUAUCAUUUAAUGGCAGAAACAGAAGGGUCGAAUGUCUUUUUAGGUUUUUUGAACUGCAUAUUACAUUUUAUGUGUUUUUUUUUUAUAAAAAUUCCUCACCCUUCCAAUAAAAAUCUUUUGAUUUACUUUAUCAGGCAUGUCAAAUGUUUGAUUGCUUAGUUUAGUUACCUAUAAUUUUCAGUUGCUUAAAUCUUUUGUAAGUCUGCUUAAAAUUAUUUUAAGACCCAGUUGUAGUCAAAAGCCAUAUUGUGUAACUGCCUAAUUACUCCUUCAUAUGUUUUGGUCAAUUUUGAUUUUUUUCAAUAUUUACAAUAAAAGUGUUUUUUGUAUGAACAAAUUUUGUCAACCUUUUUUAGAAGACAUUUUAAUAUCAGAUAUCAUAUCAGUGUCUUUUUAUAACUUCUAGGUAUAUUUGUGUACUUAAAAUUAAGGAAUUACCCAAAUAUCAAGAUCAAAGAGGUAAGAAAGUGGUAUUCAUAAAAAUGUUUGGUUCUUUAUUAAAUUUUCAACAAUACCAUAAACAUAUCUUGAUUGUUACAUUUAUUAAUUUUUUAUGUCUUUCUUAUCGAAAAAAAAACCAUACUGAACACAAAUCGUACAUCAAAAUAAUUCAUGUUAUGUAUAUUAGUCUUAGUUGAUAUGAUUUUAGAAUAAUAGUGGAACUAUCUCUCUAUUUUCAAUGGUAUAAAUUUGCAUAACAUGGUUUAUUUUGUGUGCUAAAGGCCAUUGAUAUAUUUUUAAACAUCUUCAAAAGUUGUGCAAAAGCUUUUAUUAUUUAUUUAUUAUUUAAAUGCUCAUAUUUUAAUAAGUCAAGUCUAGAUCAAAAUAAUACUCUUUUAUGGUUAGAAUUAUUUAUUUUUUCAAUUUAUAUUUUUAAGAACAAAUUAAGUAUAGAAAAACAAGUAUUUAAUAGUCCUUUAUAAAUUUUAUCAAUAUUUGUGUUGAUUGAACGAAAACAAUGUUAUACUACGAACAGAAAUGUAAAUCAAUACCAUAGUUUUGUAACACGAUAAAAUUGGUGUUACACGAAUCAGUAGUUAUAAUGAGAAAUUUAGGGUCAAAUUUUAAACUAGAAAGAAUUUUUUCUUUGACUUUUUAAUUUUGAAAUUGAUUUGUGAUCAGUAGGAUAUCAUGGUUAUAGCAGGGUAUUUUCAUGUACUUAACCUAGACUGUAUUUACAUAUCUUAAGUCUAGAGUACUGAAAAAAAGUUUAAUUUUUCUGUGUUUGAAAAACAACGCAUAGACUAGUUUGUACUACACAAUACAUUUCAUUUGUUUGCUCAAAUUUAUAGUAUAAGCAUUCAUGACAUUCAUUUAGUAACACAUUCUUGUUAUGACUUUUGUGAUACCAGACAUUCCAUUAUUAUAGAAAGUUUAUCGUUAUAAGUUACUUAGUAUUUAAUACCAUUCAUUGUUUUAAACAAUUGUAGAACAUUUUGUGUAAAAUAUAAUAUACGUAACGUGAGGUAUGUUCAAUGAAUGACUUCUCUAUUGAAAAACUGACAAAACUAUAUAGUAUAAUUCAAAUUUAAUAAAGUUAAAUAUUUAUAACAAUCUUAAUGUUAAUAAUUGGGAAGGAUAACCAUUUUAAUUUUAGUUACGGUCUUUUCAUAUGCCAAGUGUUUUGACUAGACUACGUUUCGGAAAGUCAGUCUUCGGAAAGUCAGUCGUCCUGUUUUCAAGUAAUAAGUUUCCUUACCUCCAUAAAGGAAGUGUAGUCAAAACAGUUCACAUGGAAAAGUCUAUAAACUAAAACUAAAAUAAUUGUUACCAAAUUUGUGUGUUCAAAAUACCUUACUUAGAAAAAGCUCUUUGUUAUACAAUUUUUGCUUUGUUGUUGUUUUAAAUUUACUUUACUGUAAUAUCAGAAACACAAAUUGCAAAUUAAGGAAAAUAUUUUGGAAAUCAUUAUAAGUUUUACAUAUAAUGUUUUGUUUUUAUUUUCAAACCAUCCGAACAAACUUGAUGCUUAUAUCGAGUUAUCAUGAACAUAACUUACAUUACAAAUCAUGGAUGUAUUUACAGUCUUCAAGGAAUUUAUUGUCUUGUGUCAGUUUAACUUAAGCAAAUGGUGCCUUACUGUAGAUGUCGAUUAAUAUGUAAAAUAAAAAUCAGUUGUGUUGGGAUGUACAGUACAA